GGUUAAUCAUUGGAACGUCGAAGAUAUUGCGUUUUAAAGUUUUUGUAAUAAAAAGUUUUGAGCAGCGAAGGAAGAAAUGCAGCAGCAGCUAAAAAUGCUAUCUUCUCCACUGACUACCCAAAACCCUAAACUAUGCUCUCACUGUAACACACUGCCUUCUUUGCACUCCUUCAAAACUCUUUCUCUUAGAAGAAGCUCCACCAUCAGAACCCUCGCCGUUAACUGCCGUCAACCGGAGUUUUAUGAGCAGAAGCCGCAGAGGUUUAACUCCUCACGCCCCUCUUCUGACGAUUCCGCCGAAUUGCAGCCUAAGGUUUUUGUGGGUCAUUCAAUUUACAAAGGCAAAGCUGCUCUUACUGUCGAACCUAAAGCACCUGAAUUUGCUGCAUUAGAGUCUGGGGCAUUUAAGAUAGCCAAGGAGGGUUUCGUGCUUUUACAAUUCGCCCCUGCUGCCGGUGUUCGCCUAUAUGACUGGAGUCGGAAGCAGGUGUUCUCGUUAUCCGUGACAGAAAUUGGAACUCUUCUCAGCCUUGGUGCUAGGGACUCUUGUGAAUUUUUCCAUGAUCCUAACAAGGGAAAGAGUGAUGAAGGUAAGGUCAAGAAGGUGUUGAAGAUAGAGCCACUUCCAGAUGGUUCAGGCCACUUCUUUAACCUCAGUGUUCAAAACAAAUCUAUGAACCUGGAUGAAAGCAUUUACAUUCCCGUUACCAAGGCUGAGUUUGCUGUCCUCAUAUCUGCUUUCAAUUAUAUCAUGCCAUACCUGUUAGGCUGGAACGCCUUUGCGAAUUCUAUUAGACCAGACAUCAAUGGCCAUGCGAACAAUGCGAAUCCAAGGAUUGGCAAAGACUUUGAAUGGAGCAGGUAGCAUGUACAACAAGGAUACCUAGAACAAAGGAGUUAUUAUUUCUUCGCUCUGUGUUGUAUCAAAUCUGUUGAUAGAAGAGUUUUCUUAGGAAUUUCAGUGGCAUUUUUUAUUUCUUGCUACCUAUGUUAUGAAUAUUUGUCAAAUAUGAUUUUUUGAAUUUGACAUUCAGUCCCACAAA